AUGCUGUCCCCGCGUUCGCACGCACCCUCGGUCCCGCGCCGACGCAACGGACGCCCACAGGCGUGCGAGCCAUGCCGCCGCCGCAAGGUCGGUUGCGACCACCAGCUGCCCGCGUGCGCGCGCUGCCAAAAGGGCCGGAUCGAGCACAGGUGCGUCUACCUCGUCGCCGACAGGGACCCCCUGCUUCUGUCGACCUCCCCGCGCAGCAGCCGCGAGCACACGUUCACGCUGCCGUCGUCGCCGGAACGGCGGCCUGCACGCCGGCCGCGCGUCGCCAGUCCCGGGGUUGCGCCGCCGGUGCCCCGGAAACAGCACCACGCGUCUGGAAGCGCCCGCCCCCCGGACAGCAGCGUCCGGUACGAGGCGCUGGGGUACAUGGGCGCGACGAGCUUCUCCACCGAUCUGGAGGAAGCGCAGCGCCGCCUCAUGUCCAUGCCCGGCGCCGCCGAGGGCCACAUCAGUUCGGCGCAGCAGCCGCGAGACGCGCCCUCGUUUUCGCUGCGCGAUUUUGACCCGCCAGCCGCAGCCAUCAAUGUGAUUCGCAAUAUCCCUGACCGCGCGUCCAGCUACUAUCUGUUUGAGACGUAUCGCAACAUCCACGACGCUUGGUGCCGGCUUGCCGCAAGGUGGUUGCUGCAUUCGCUAUGGGAUACAUUUGGUGACAUUCUAGAAGGAGACAGAAGCGACGAGUCGCUCUCUGUCAUGGCGAAGAAGCUCUGCCUGAAUACUGCAUCAGUCUUGCGAGAGGAUCACACGAAUCCAAAGGAGUGGUUCAAGGAGUUUUCUGGCCAGAAUAUGCGAUGGGAGUGCAUCGGUAUUCUCUAUGCCUAUUGGAGUUCCGGGCUACUUAGCCUGCCGCGAGAGACGUUCAAAGGUAGCUGCAAAGCGCUCCAUGACAUGGAUAGAAGGACGGCCCUUGACUUUUACAAGGAUUUGGUCGCGGAUUGCGCCAAUCUUUGCUGGAAUGCUGGCAAUGGAAACACGCUUCUCUGUUUUCUAUUAUUCGAGAGGAGCCUAUUGCAAUCCAACAUCAGCGGCGAUGGCGACCUCCGCCACUUUCGGCUACACGGAGAUCUCAUCGCACUAACUACCUACUUGGGCCUGCACACGUCCAGCGCCGCGUUUGGCGAUCGCUCGGUAUCCGUGCAAAUCAGGCGGCGGCUCUUUGCCGGCAUCUUCAACAUUGACAAGCUCAUCGCCAUCUUCACCGGCCGCCCGCCGCUGCUCACCCGCCGAUUCAUCUCCGAAUCAGAGCCGCUCGACAUUUCCGACGAAGAGCUGCUGCAGGUACCGCCCGGCCCCGGCGCGGCAUACGCCGGAAUCGACAGCGCGGGAUGGAGCCUGGGCAACAAGAUUCUGCCCGUCUCGCCGCUGCGGGCCCGCACAAUGAUGGCCUACACGCGCGACUCGAUCCUGGAGAUUGCGCUCCGGAACAACAACAAGCUCAUGGCCUGCGAGGAUGCGCUGCUCGAGCUCAGGCAGCAGGCCACCAGCAUGUACGACGGCUUCCCCUCGAUCCUCAAGCACGCGGCCGACGACUUGCAGAACCCGGACCUGGACCACGUCCAGGUCUACACGCGCCUGCACAUUACGCUCGAGCACCUGCACAACGUCUUCUUCAUCGAGCGCCUGCUCUCCAAGCUGCGAGAGGGCGUCACGGCCGAGCUCGUGCGCAUCAGCCUCGAAAUCAUUGAGCUGUCGCUGAUCCCCUUUACGAACCGGCAGCUGACGACGGGCGUCAUGUGCGACAUUGACUGGCUGCUCAUGGCGUACGGGGCCCCGGCCGGCGGCGUCCUGUGCAUGGAGCUGCUCCGGCCCGCCGCCGCGUCGUCCGGCGCCGCCGGCGUCAAGAAGUCAACCAUGAUCCGGUCGCUGAGCAUGCUGGUCGGGUGCCUCCACGCCGUGCCGUCCGACGCGCCCAACUAUGGCGUCAGCGCGACGCUCAAGAAGAUUAUCGAACAGGUGCUGGACCGCGUGCUGGACCCGCCAGCGGAGACGACGGGCCAGGAGUUUUCCGUGCAGGGCUGGGAGACUGAUUUUCUCGUUGACGCUGCGGAUCUGUUCACUUCGGAUCUGCUAGAUACGUUUGACUGGUUUCGACCAUAA